CCCGCCUGACGCGCCGGCGGCGCUGGCGGGCUGGAAGUGGCGUACGUGCAAAGCGGGCCGCGAGCGUGGCGCCUCCUCCUCGCCCCGACACAGGCGGCGGCGGCGGCGGCGGCGGGGAAGGCGGCGGCCGCGCCAGGCCGGGCCGCGCCGAGCAGCGCAGCAGGAAGAGCGGCCGGCGGCGAGGCAGCGGUGCCCCGCACGGCGCCACCGGGCCCCCGCGGCCGCCGCUCUGCCCCCGGGCCGCGCCGUCGCCGCGCGGGGCGGCGAUGAGGCGGCGCUAGCGGCGCCCGCAGCGCAGGGAGGGCGGCGCGGCCGCCGCGGCAGCCCCGCGCCCGGCCGCCCCGAGGAGGCCGCGGCAGGCGGACGCGCAGGGCGGCGGGCGGCCAUGAUGCAGUGAGCGCUCCCCUCCCAGCGCGGCCGGGCGGGGGCCGCCUCAGCGCCGCUCCCGCCCGCCUCCUUACAUAACCGCUCGGCGGCGGCGGCGGCGCGGCCGCGGCGGCACCAGCAGCGCCAUGGCGAAUGACAGCGGCGGCGGCCAGGGCGGCGGCGGCGGCGGCCAGGGCGGCGGCGGCGGCAGCAGCGAGCGGGACCGGCAGUACUGCGAGCUGUGCGGGAAGAUGGAGAACCUGCUGCGCUGCGGGCGCUGCCGCAGCUCCUUCUACUGCAGCAAGGAGCACCAGCGCCAGGACUGGAAGAAGCACAAGCUCAUCUGCCGCGGCGGCACCGGCGGCGCCGCGGCGGCGGCAGGGGGCGCUGCCGAGCCCCGCGGCGGGCACCCUACGCCGCCCCGCGCCCGCGGCGCCGGGGCCGCGGCCGGGGGAGCCGCGGCCGGGGGAGCCGCGGCCGGGGCCACGGCGGGCGAGGCGGCGCCGGCGGAGGCCCCCGCCGAGGCGGCCGCGGCGGCGCCGCUGACCAACAACCACGUCGCGGCCGGCGCCGCCAGCGGGCCGGCGGAGGCGGCGGCCGGCGAGGCGGCGCUGCUGUACCGGGACAAGUCCGACCUGUACCCGGGCGGCGGGCAGGCGGGGCCCGGCGGCGCCGCGCUGCGCCCCAACGGGCAGACCAAGUCGCUGGUGCCGCAGCGGCUGGCGCUGGAGUACAUCGUGCCCUGCAUGAACAAGCACGGCAUCUGCGUGGUGGACGACUUCCUCGGCAAGGAGCUGGGCGGGCUGGUGGCGCAGGAGGUGCGCGCCCUGCACCACACGGGCCGCUUCACCGACGGGCAGCUCGUCAGCCAGAAGAGCGACUCCUCCAAGGACAUCCGCGGCGACAAGAUCACCUGGGUGGAGGGCAAGGAGCCCGGCUGCCAGACCAUCCGCCUCCUCAUGAACAGCAUGGACGAUCUCAUCCGCCACUGCAACGGCAAGCUGGGCAACUACAAAAUCAACGGCAGGACGAAAUUUGGGUACAGCUUUCAAGAGGAAGUAAUGGAAUUCUCAAGGGACUCUGGGGAACAGACUUUGCCUGUGAUAAGAAGAUGCAAAAUAAGGAUUUUUUUUUUAAAGAGAUUUGUCAAAGGGAAAAAUCUCGAAAGGAUUGUAAGGAUGGGUUAUCUUGGCUUUGGAGCCCAUGACUGAGGCUGCCUUUACAGAUGGAAGAAAAUUCUUGUUUUCUGGAAUAACCUUCAGCAGUCUUGCCAAUAAUUGCAUAGAAUUGUUUGUAUUAAUCCUGGGAAUAAAAUACGGCAUGUUCUUUUUACUGGCAGUUUAAGGAUCUUGUGUGUGCCAGCCUGGGAGGACCAGUCACUAUGCUUGAGCGCAGGGCUGCCGUUCAGGGGGACCCAGACAGGGCUAACGGAAAUGUUGUGAAGGUCAGCGAGGACGAAUGCAAGGUCCUGCACGUAGGAAGGAGAAACCCCAUGCAACAGUGCUGCCUGGGCACCGCCUGGUUGGGGGUUAGCAAGUGCUGGGUGUGGGCUUCAUCACGUCCCCCAGUCCACAGGCUGUGCUCCUGGGAAUGCAGCCCUGGCCGCCUCUGCUGCCAGGGCACACUGCUGGCUCAUGUCACCCUGGCCUGGGCUGUUUUUGUAUUCAGGAAUUUAGUUGUAAAAUGUUUUCAAGUAACCAGUUAAUAUUAUCAUGUGUUCCUGCCUAUCAGCUUGAUGCCUGUUUUACUCAUAUAAAUAAGUGAUAGAAAAACAGUGCCCACUCUGAGGAAUUAAUAAUUAAGUACAAGCUAAAUCCUCAGCUCUAAUAAUUCCGUGUUUUUCUCUGCUAGCAAAAACUAAGUAAUUAUUUAAAAUGAUAAAUGAAUCCUUUCCAGAUACAACUAAUGGAAGAAUUUUGUUUGGAAUCCUGCAGUUAUCUACUGUUACAGUACCUGUAGUUUGAAUUGACUUUUUUUUUCUUUCUAGUUAGCUUUUUUUUAAGGCCACUCUGUGAACUUUUUAUCUGGGAGACAAAUCAUGUAAGCAGCCUUCUGAGUGCAGCAGGUGGAUGGGAGUACAAUAGUACCAGUGCUAUAUAUCUAGUAGUAGCUUUUUACUUAUUUUUAGUUGCAAUUCAGUGUGCUAGUAGUAAUCUCCUAUAUUUGAGAUGUUUUGCAGUGCAGUUGAUUAAGGGACUGGAGGACACAGAAAAGAAAGCAAUUAUAGCUGAGGCCUUGCAGGGUAUCUCGGUUGUUAGUGCUUGCAACUUGAUUUCAUGGGGUUAGUAGCAGGGCAGUCGCAAUUAAAAACUGUGCUUUGGAACUUGCUCCCUUUCAUUAUCAAAGCAUAUGUUUGGCAAGCAUCGAAGCAUUCCACAAGUUUUUACCCGCUCCUUCUUUUCCGCCCUCUUUUUCCCUUCAGUCGUUCUCUUGUUUCAAUUUUUUUUUUCCUCUUUGGUUUUGUGUAUCUCACAUCAAGUGAAGACUUGCAAAGGAUGCAAAGUGAGCCCUGGGAGCUUUAUCUUUAUUGUAAAGAUAAAGCGCUAGCUACUACGAGUAAUAGAAGUUAGUAAAUCAGUUACCUGUCUGCAGGUAACUUCCUGAAAUGUCUCCUAUUAAGAAAUUAUUAUUCACUGAUAGUGUAAAAUAAGAUGUAUUUUAGAAGAUCUGCUACUUACUUUCAGUAACUAUGUAGAAAUUGCACUUUAAAUUAUGGUCUAUGGCUGAAAAAUACACUGCGUCCAGCCCUGAAAUCUAUCAUGAUUGCCUGUUCGCUUGAAUUGGUAGUUUGUUUCUUGUCUAGAAAUGUGUAAUGCAGUAUUUCAUGUAUUUGAUUAUUAUUUCACUUGUUUAUUAGUUUUCGUGGUACUCAGCAUUAUUUUCUCCCUUUUGGCAGUGCUGCUGUUACGUCUGGUAUCUGUUCUUUCUCAGCCUUCCUUUUGCUUUGUUGUAUGUCAUCUUUUUGCUUUUCAUUCUUUCAGUAAUUUCAACUGCUGUUGCUUAAGACAGCGAUGACGGGGAGUUCGUAUCCUUGAGUUGUUUCCGGAUGUUUGCAGACUAAGGCAAAUAAUGUUUCAUCAGUUAUGUUCUUAGGUAUACUCUGGAUUUUUUUUUUUUUCUUUUUUUGGCCACAGCUGUAAAGCUAGAAGCUGUCUUCGAAAAAUGUGAACUUAUGUUCUGCAAAUCUUCCAUAUAGGUCAUAUAAAUCUGUCUUAUGGCUCGGCUCUCAUGAGCUGACAAGACACCUCUGAUCUGGGCUAUUACUGCUAAUCCCUGUAAUCGCUCUUCAGUGAGUACAGUAUACUGUAAAACCUAAUUGUCCUUCAGUUUAGUAAAAAAAGUUAUUGCUAUUUGGUUUUUUGGUGACAUAGGUUUUAAACCUAUCUGCAAAAGCAGGUUGGUUGAGAGGAUGGGGCAUGUCUGUCCUGUCUCCACAUCCAUCGUUUCGGGAUGGGAUCUGGAACAAUGCGUUUCCCUUUUUAGCAAAUGCAGUGCUUUUAAAAAGGUUUAAGAGUAAGUAUUGGUUACACGCUAACUCAGCCUGGGGUUAGAGUUUCCGAUUUUGUAUCCGAGUGCUUUGGGGGGGCCCUGGUUCUUGUGAAUGUCUUGGGAGAGGACAAGAACUUCAGUAGUAAGUUCUGCCUCAGAGAGGUUUUUGUUCGUGUUCCCGUCAAGGCUGAUUUCUGUUUGCUCUAGCUUUUCUUUUGUGUCAUCGCUUCGUGUACAGUUUCAGUUCCGCUCCCUUCAGAUUUUUGGAGGGGGAAAUAAUGUAGUUUGAGAUUAGCACCCUGCUUGUAACUCUGAUAUUUGUCCAGUCACAGCCACAGCAGUGAUAACUGAUGGGAAUCGUGACAGAUAGCAUCGGCACUUUUUUUUUUUUUUUUUUUUUUUUUAAGUGGUUGUUUCCAGAAAAGGACUAAUCUGUCUGGAAAAGCCUACUUGCCUUCUAGGAAGGGUGAAUAAUUUAUUUUCAUGAAUGUAUAAAAUAUCCCUUUUGUUAUCAAAAUAACGGUAAGGAGGAGAGGAGCUGACUUUUGUGACUGGAUUGCCUAUUUUCAUAGCAGUUUCAUAAUACUCAGCAAAAAUGGACUGGGAGCAAACCAGAUGGAUUCCUAAUAAUCUACUGAUAUUUGGUAACGCAAUAGAUUUUAUUUUCUCUGAGCUGAAGUUUACUGUAGAUUCAGCUGAAUUUUUUAAAAAAGGUGGGGCUUUUUGCAUUGACUAGGCCGGGAUGGGCAGUUUCCUCAAGGUUUCCUCACUGCCUGCAGUCAGCGUUUGGUAUGUUCAGAUCUUUCCCAUGUUCACAUGCCCACGUAGUCCUAAAGCAAAUGAAUAACAUUCCCAAGGCGCACUUGCCCUGGCAUUGCAUUGCGCCUCUGCUCCUUUCCCGUCAUGACCCAUGUUAGUGUGGACUUGGUGAUAGGCCAGCGAGCGAAAGCAGAAGGUGAGGAUGGGGACAGACUUGGCACUGCCGACUCGAAUGUGGCAAAUGGGCUCAGCGUCGUUUUACUGUACGUUUGUAAGCGGCAAAGAAAAGUGAAUUGUCUGGCCCAUGUUUUGAUGUCUUGAGUGGAAAUAGCUUCGAUUUAAGUCAAGGCUGAAUUUAGUACUGGAGGAUGCUUCUUUAAGCUGUUAUGUAAGAGUGAUAUUUUCAGAGUCGCUUUUCUGGCUUGGUUGUCAACAUUAAAACAUGCCCACCACAUUUGUGAUCAGUCUUUACUUAAUUUGGCCUUACCUGCUGUUUCUCAUGAUUCUUCACUAGUGCCGGUGGGAAUUUAAUACAGAAGGAAUACCAGCAGUAUUUGUAUAAUGCCUGCCUGCGCCUGAUCAGGAUACAUCUAGGUGAUCUGGCUAAGCCAAAAAAACCAAGUACUUCUCUACCGUAUGUGAGAGAGGCCCUAUUACAACGUCAUGGUGGGAUAGUAAAGAAAAGCUUGGGUAAAGUCAGCUUGUGUGUGAAAAAGCAGUAUGGAUAGAGUCAGCAUUGCUUGGAUUUAAAUUGUAGGUGGUUUUAAAAUAUGCUGCCGGCUGUUUGUAGCUAUUUGGCUAUAAAUCUCAGUAAGACUUUUGUGCAGGGUUAAUAUUAAUUACAGCACUACUUUGUCUAUUAUCAUUCCACUGCAUAGUUAUUUUUUUAAUUUAUAACUAUUUUAAAGGAAUUAUCCAAACUCAAAUAGUAGGAGUAAAUGAUACAUAGUGUAUUAUGUCAAGUUUGGAAUACUGUGGGCAUUGCUGAAUACUAUAUGUCCCCUUGCAAAUAUCCUUAAAAAUUUAUUUUUAAAAUAGCUUUUUAUCCACACACUGUUUAUGGUAAAUCUUUGUAUAGAUUAAGACCUACAUGUGGUAGGUGAGACCUUGACUUGGACAUUUUAAAGUGUGUUCAUGUAGAUAGGAAGGUUCUUGUACAGUAAGUAUCUUAGAUUUACACUGUGUGGCUAGCUUUACUACUGAAAAUACAAUCUUAUUAUUGUGCCCUUGUACAGCAUUCAUAGUUAUAUCAAUAAAUCUUUCCUGUAAGCUAAAUUUCAGUUUUAUGGUUAUUUUGCUCCUUAAUGUGGAAAUAGAAUGAUAGCUUUUAAAUAACAAUGAAAUUAUUAAAAUCAGUCUUGUUUUAAAGUUUAUUAUAUAUCUCCUAGCAUUUAGCAAAAUUAUCGUGUAUAGUUUCUUAUCUUUGAUAGGGAAAAGGUUCUAAGCUUCUCAGUGUAUAUAUAAUUUUGGGGGGGAGAAUAUUGGUGAUGAUGGGUAUUCUUUAAAUGGCAAAUCUCUCAGUCAUGCACUUAUCCCACCACUCUCUGCAACAUUUGGGUUUUUUUGUUUGUUUGUUUGUUUUAAAGUCCCACCACACCCUCCCACCCCAACUGUAAUCCUUAGGGUUUCCUUCCCCUUCCUAAACCUCUCCUGGAAUUAAGUAUAAAAAGUCUCAAGCUUUAAAGUUUUCGCUAAUGUACGUGCUUGUGCAAACUUUAUUUUUAAGGUAAUCUAAGUUCAGUUUAUCCGGUAGGUCUCACACAACUAAACAAAUGCAUUAAUUGCAUGUAAUAAUCUUAAAAUAGGUAAUCACUCUUUUUCAUGUGUGAUGGUUAGUGUGUCUGCUGAUGCCAUGUGGUUGAGGAUACAUGUUAGCUCUGACAUUCUGCUGUAAAAAUGUACUUUAACUGAUGUGGUUGAAUGACAGUUAACGUUUUACUAAUUUACUGCAGUAUCGUAACUUUUUCAAUGUAUUGUUUUUACUAUUUAAAGAUGCUGCUUUUCUCUCUUCUAGAACAGAUAAUGAUGAAACUAGUAAGUUGACUAGAGUCAUGCAAGAGCAAAACAUUCUGCCCCUUCUUGGAAAAAAAAAGUUCCCAAGUUGUUGGUUUUUUUAACAUAACAUUAUUCAUUUCAAAGCAUUUACAGUGUUAAAUUAAAAACAGACUUUUAAAGUUUA